AUGGAAACCGCCAUUUGUGCCUGUGCUGGUGGUGGAGGCCUGCUUCAACACUGGCAUCGAUGGCCGCUCAACGGUGGCGUUGAAGCUGAACAGCGUCGACCGACUUUUGAAGUUGCGAUUCUCGUGAUCAUCCUGGACGGACAAUUCGUUCAGCUUCAGGCUCGAGCGCCGGCACGCGCAGACCCGAUCCUGAGAGCAGGCCGUGACGCGCCGCGACAGGACGGCAGCAACUUCGACGUUUAA